GGCCCCGGGGGCUCGGCCUCUGGCCCGGGCGGCAGCAGUGGCGGAAAGGCGUCAGUCGGAGCCAUGGGUGGAGGCGUGGGGGCUUCGGGCUCUGGGGGUGGCCCCAGCGGCAGUGGCGGAGGAGGCAGCGGCGGCCCUGGAGCGGGCACUAGCUUCCCGCCGCCGGGAGUGAAGCUGGGCCGUGACAGCGGGAAGGUGACCACAGUGGUAGCCACCCUAGGCCAAGGCCCGGAGCGUUCCCAGGAGGUGGCUUACACAGACAUCAAAGUGAUUGGCAAUGGCUCCUUUGGGGUCGUUUACCAGGCACGGCUGGCAGACACCAGGGAGCUGGUGGCUAUCAAGAAGGUUCUCCAGGACAAGAGGUUCAAGAACCGAGAACUGCAGAUUAUGCGUAAGCUGGACCACUGUAACAUCGUGAGGCUGAGAUACUUUUUCUACUCCAGUGGGGAGAAGAAAGAUGAGCUUUACCUAAAUUUGGUGCUGGAAUUCGUGCCUGAGACGGUGUACCGGGUGGCCCGCCAUUUCACCAAGUCCAAGUUGAACGUCCCGAUCACCUAUGUCAAGGUGUACAUGUACCAGCUCUUCCGGAGCCUGGCCUACAUCCACUCCCAGGGGGUGUGUCACCGUGACAUCAAGCCCCAGAACCUGCUGGUGGAUCCUGAUACUGCUGUCCUCAAGCUCUGCGAUUUUGGCAGUGCAAAGCAGUUGGUCCGGGGGGAGCCCAACGUCUCCUACAUCUGUUCUCGCUACUACCGGGCCCCAGAGCUGAUCUUCGGAGCCACUGAUUACACCUCAUCCAUCGAUGUGUGGUCAGCUGGCUGCGUCCUGGCUGAGCUCCUCCUGGGCCAGCCCAUUUUCCCCGGAGACAGCGGGGUGGACCAGCUGGUGGAGAUCAUCAAGGUGCUGGGAACACCAACCCGGGAACAGAUCCGAGAGAUGAACCCCAACUACACGGAGUUCAAGUUCCCUCAGAUUAAAGCUCACCCCUGGUCAAAGGUGUUCAAGCCUCGAACGCCGCCUGAGGCCAUCGCCCUCUGCUCAAGCCUGCUGGAGUACACGCCGUCCUGCAGGCUGUCCCCGCUCGAAGCCUGCGCCCACAGCUUCUUUGAUGAGCUGCGCUGUCCCGGAACCCAGCUUCCCAACAACCGCCCGAUCCCGCCCCUCUUCAACUUCAGUCCCAGCGAACUCUCCAUCCAACCAUCUCUCAAUGCCAUUCUCAUCCCUCCUCACUUGCGGUCCCCAGCGGGCAGUACUCCCCUUACCCCAUCCUCACAAGCAGCUUUAAGUGAGGCUCAGACCAGCACGGACUGGCAGUCCACCGAUACCACAGCUUCCCUCACUAACUCUUCUUGAGGGCCCCACCAACUACCCUUCCAUCUGGGAGCCCCAAGUGGGGAAGGGGGGCCAUAGCCCAUCCAGCUCUUGCCCUGGCUAGGCCCUAGAGGGCAGAGGUAAAUGAGUCCCUGUCCCUACCUCUAGUCCCUCCCUCACCAGCCUCACCCGACGGUGAGCUUUUUACGAGGAUUUUAACUGGUUGUGGGGAGGGAAGAGAAGGACGGAUGUUGGGGAGGGGGUGGGAGGGUUGUGGGGGUGCAGGGACCUCCCGCCCACUUGGUCCCCUCCCCUCCCCCCAGGCUUCCACCUCCUCCAGACCCUUCCCUGCCUUCCUUUGUAAAUAGAACCAGCCCUGCCCAUCUUCUUUCCUCCCUUGGCCCCCGGGUGUAAAUAGAUUGUUAUAAUUUUUUUCUUAAAGAAAACGUCGAUUCGCACCGUCCGACCUGGCCCCCUCCCCUCCUACAGCUGUCACCCCUUUCCUGUCCUCUGCCCUUUUGGUUUCUCCCUCCUCUCCCCACCCUGGAGGGCUGGGGGUGGUGGUGGGGGAGCUCCUGAUGUCUUAGUUUCCACAGUAAGGUUUGCCUGUGUACAGACCUCGGUUCAAUAAAUUAUUGGCAUGAAAACCUGC